AUGACUGUGAAGAAAAAGGAGACUGGAUCUUCAGUAAACAAGUCAUCAACACCACCUAAAUCUACUGCACGUAAAGAUGCUUCCAGUACAGAUUCCAGUACAAAUAGUUCUAGUAGUUCAUCAUCAUCAACAUCAGGAUCUGAUUCCACAAGUUCAUCUGAUACUGAAAAUUCAUCUACCACUGAAAAUAAUUCUUCUGAAUCAGAAAAACACAAGAAAUCACCAAAGAAAAAAGCUUCCACUUCUUCAGAACCAAAAGUCUCUGAACUUUCUAAAAAACAAUCUUCACCAGACAAAUUUAAAAACAAAACAAAUACCGCUCCUAAAUUAACAGCUGCUAUCUAUACUGAUUCAGAUACAGAUGCAGAGACAAAAACCAAAAGAAAAUUUCCACCUGUGAAACCUAAAGCUACUGCAACAGUUGCAGCAGUUUUAAAAUCACAGGAUAAAAACAAAAAAUCUGAUGUUAAACGUAGUCAAGGACCGAGGUCUAAAGCCACAGCUAUCACUGAUGGAGUUAAGAAACCUGACUCAAAGUCAAAAAGUAUUUUCAGCCCAGAUAAGAUAAACAGUAGUGACAGUGAUCCUCCACCACCAAAACUUACGCCAAUGAAAAGUGCUACUACACAAAAAGCAUUAGUAAAACCCAGACCAAAAGCAAUGGCAAAAUUAAAAAAACACUCCCCAACAACUAAAACAUCCACCUUAACAUCAGCAAGUUCUGAGUCAUCAGAUACAGAUUCAUCUUUAGAUAAGAAGGUUAAAAAAACAACACAAGAACAACACAAAAAGAAACUUAUAAAUAAAACACCGCAGCCUGCUACAAAAGUUACAAGUGCUAACGAAUCUUCAUCUAGUGGUAAGGUCUCUAGAGGACGUGGCCGGCCUAGAAAAUAUCCAGUUCCAGAACCAACUAAAAAUGGUUCAAAUACUAAUUCCAACUCAAAAGCCAGUCAAGACCAAAAACUUGUUACAACUAGAGGAUCUACCAGAGUUAGUCGUAUAUUAGCUGCUAGCCAUAGACCUACGACUGCAACAGAUUCUGAUUCAGAUACAGGAAGUAAAUCAACUAGCACCAGUUGCAAAUCACCUACUAAAAAAGCUCGUGACAAAACCCGCAAGCCACUAAAUUGUAAUGAUAAGAGAUUGAAUAGUGGAGGGCUUGUUGAAUUAGAAGAAAGACUUUGUCCAGUUAAUGGUUGUGAUUCAUUAGGUCAUCUGAAUGGCUUAUAUGAGCGUCAUUUUACUUCAGAAGCCUGCCCCAUGUAUCAUAGAUUAACUAUUAAACAAUGUCAAGAAAAUUUAUCUGAACGACUAAAGAAAAAUGAAGAACGUUUAAAGGGUACAUUAAAAUCUAGUUCAGCCGAACAAAAGAACUAUCGAGAUAAAGUAAAAGAAAUGAGAAAAGAUAUUGAUGAUAAAAAAAAAAAUGAAACAAGUAGUGAUACUUCGCAAAGUGACCAAUAUGCUGGUAAAGAUUUAGAGCCUGAUAUACUCAACUGCUCUAAUAUACCAUCCUAUGAUCUUAAGUUAUUUCAAGAAGCACAAGCAGUAGCCAGUGAGAAAAUUGAAGAAGAUUUAAAACAAUUACCAAAUUUCAAAGGCACAAAGUAUUUAGAAAUGGGAAAAUAUGAAAUGGAAGUUUGGUAUCAAAGUCCAUACCCAGAAGAAUAUACACAAGUACCAAAAUUGUACUUAUGUGAAUUCUGUUUACAUUACAUUAAAAGUAAAACAGUACUAUUUAGACAUAAACUCAAAUGUGUUUGGAAACAUCCACCUGGUGAUGAAGUUUAUCGGAAAGACCGUAUAUCUGUUUGGGAGGUUGAUGAACCAUUUUUGUUUUACAUAAUGACUACUCAGGACGAAGAUGGAUGCCAUAUUGUUGGUUAUUUCAGUAAGGAAAAGAAUUCGUUUUUGAAUUUCAACGUGAGCUGUAUAUUAACUUUACCCCCUUACCAAAGGCAAGGAUACGGCAGACUUCUCAUCGAUUUCAGUUACCUGCUGACUAGAGUUGAAGGAAAAGUCGGUUCGCCCGAAAAACCUUUGUCAGACUUGGGUCUGAUAUCAUACAGAAGCUACUGGAAAGACGUGCUGCUGCAGUACCUUUGCGACUUAGGCGGAAAGCAACUGUCCAUAAAAGACAUGAGUCAAGAGCUGGCCAUCAACUCCUAUGAUAUAGUCAGCACGCUCCAAGCCCUCGGCAUGAUGAAAUAUUGGAAGGGAAAGCACAUCAUACUCAAGAAACAGGAAGUGAUUGACGAGUAUUUGGAAAGGUCAAAACGUCGAGGAUCGGACUACAAAGAAAUCGACGCGAAAUGUCUGCGAUGGCGGCCACGUUCAGCAGCUCCCGCCCCAGCCGGGCCCACGUGA